AUGCUCGUCCUUUUACUGUCUGCCAUCUUCCUCUCAGCUGCAGACUUGUCUCAGGCAUCGAGUGCCGAGUUUAAAGUAAAAGAGUCGAUCCAUCCGCCUCCAGGGUGGACCAGACUUCACAAACCCCCUUCCGACCACACCAUUUCCUUGCGCAUCGCAUUGCCUCAACCGCACUUCAACAUCCUCGAAAAGCACCUAUACGAAGUGAGCGACCCCGAUCAUCCUCGCUAUGGAGCAUACUUGUCGAAGGAGGACGUCGAGAAGAUCAUAGCGCCCCAUCCGGCUAGCCUCGAAGCUGUCAAUACCUGGUUGCAAAAGCAUGGAUUCGAGGAGGUGGAUUAUGAACGUUCUCCGGCUAACGACUGGGUUAACGUCAAUAUGCCUGUCGCCCUUGCAGAGCGAAUCCUUCAGACGGAGUACCAUGUCUGGGAGCACAACGAAUCUGGAGACCAACUCGUCCGGACUACGAGUUAUAGUUUACCCGAGGACCUUCACGACCACAUCGAACUGAUCCAGCCGACUACGAUCUUCGCUCGCUGGGGACCCAUGAAAUCAGCUUUGCACUGGCCUGAUGCGGACGAGGCACAGCUAGAGCUUCUCUCCGCCACAGGAGACAGCCAGCGAUCUGAAAGGAUCCUCCUCCCCAAUGGCGUCGAAGUCGAUCCUCAUUGCAACCACUCCAUCACCAUCUCGUGUUUGAAGCAGCUAUACAGAACGGAGGGGUAUAUCCCCCAGAACCCGUUCAAAACAUCAAUCGGUGUAACUGGAUACCUCGAAGAGUUUGCAAACGAGCAAGACUUGCAGUCCUUCUUCGCUGAUCAGUUGCCCGGGGCGACCAACCCAGGAUUCAAAUUCGUUUCUGUUAAAGGUGGUUUGAAUAACCAGACGCUCAGCGAAGCGGGGGCGGAGGCGAAUCUGGAUGUACAGUUUGCUUUUGGGCUUGCGUAUCCCAUUCCUGGCACUUUUUGGUCCACGGCGGGAAGGCCGCCUUUUAAACCCGAUGUCAGCACACCGACGAAUACUAAUGAGCCUUACCUGGAUUGGGUCAAUUUUGUCUUGUCACAGAAGGAUGUCCCACAUGCGAUCUCUACCAGCUACGGGGAGCCUGAACAAACUGUACCUCGAGAUUACGCACUGCGUGUUUGCAGGCAACUGGCUCAACUGAGCGCUAGAGGAGUCUCCUUGAUGUUCUCGUCCGGCGACGGGGGCGUAGGAGACGCAAGCGAUGACCCUGAGGAACACGACUGCUUCACCAACGACGGUCAAAACAAGACUCGGUUCUUACCCAACUUUCCUGCAACCUGUCCCUACGUCACGGCUGUUGGGGGCACGAACGACGUGCCAGAAACAGCCGUGUUCUUCUCCGGAGGUGGAUUCAGCGAUUAUUUCAGACGACCUAACUACCAAAACAGAGUCGUCCCUGCGUUCCUCGAGUCUGUCCCGUCCAAUGUCUACGGAGGGCUAUACAAUCGUGAGGGACGGGGACUCCCAGACGUUGCAGCCCAAGGCCGCAGAUUCAGAGUUUGGUACCGCGGCAGGGCAAUCAGCAUUGGGGGCACAUCCGCCUCAGCGCCCGCCUUUACAGCGAUCAUCGCCCUCCUGAACGACGCUCGAAUCGCCAAAGGCAUGCCUCCCCUCGGGUUCCUUAACCCCCUACUAUACAAUCGCGCAAGGAGCGGGUUCAAUGAUAUCACUGUGGGGAAUAACCCGGGUUGUGGAACACCUGGGUUCAACGCCACAAAGGGAUGGGAUCCUAGGCUGGGAACACCGGAUUUCAUCAGGCUGAAAGAACUGUUGGCUCCUUGA